CACAGGUCACCAGCGCAGGGCCCAAGGCAGAAAUCGAGGUUACCCCAGACCGUGCUGACCCUUCACAGCCCACCUCUGAGCCUCGAAUUCUGGCCCCCCCCGCCGGACACACCGAACCCACCGGACACGCCGGACACGUAUCCAGUCCCAUUGUGGAAGGCUUGAGACCUGGCAAGAGUGUGCGAGUGAGCGGCUUGAAAGGAGAUGCUGCGUUACGUCUCAACGGCGAGAAGGGCGUCCUUGAAAGCUGGAAUGCCGCUAGCAAUCGCUGGAAUGUGCGGCUUCGCAGUGGGGAAGUCAAGGCCAUCCGUGCUGAGAACUUGCAUGAGGUGCUGGAUCCUUCGCCCGUGCAGACCCCGCUUCCCGCCUCCCAGGAGGAGCAUCCUGAUGACCCUCCGUUCUUAGAGGUCUGGAGUCGCAGAGAAGCCUCGGAACGAGCCAAGGCCACUGAGAAGCUGCUAGGGCCCACAAAGCUGGAUCUUUCGGUGCCUGCUGAGUUGUUGCAGCAGGCAGCAAAGCGGCAAGAUAUGGAUCCAGACCCAGAUGCGAAGCUUCUAUCCUCCGUUGAUGAUGAGCGGGUCGUCUUGGAUGACCUGGACACUGAUCUACAGCUACGCUCCAGCGGCUGGACUGCGAAGACUGCGAAGCGUUAGCUUCGCUGCCGUGAUGGCAAUGGGAAAAGCCCAGUAUAGAUUCGAAUCAGAUGGGGCGAUGCUUAAACAGAGCGUCCGCCCUAAAAUAAAUGUGCAAGCUGGUCCUAAAGUGUCUGAAACAACAUCUUCUUUGAAACUGUGGAAAUCCUUGAUAUGCCCACCCACAAAGGAGUACUCGUGCAGCUUUCAUUCAAAGCUGCCAAAAAUCCAAUGUGACGCGUGCACCAAAAAAGGGCGAAAGGUACAUCACCUUUCGCAGAAACAUGAAAAAUGCAUACAGCAACCCUCCAUGAUAGAUUCGGAAAGUUGGAAGCC